AUCGGGCUCCACCACUUCGUGACCGUACUGUGUGUCACCGCGAUGGGCACCCCCGAGCAUUUCGUCGCCGUCGCGCGCCAAGCGUUGGCUGAUGCGUUGAGUUCGCUACAUACAACUACACCACAAGUAUCCAUAGACGCCACUGCCGCCGCCUUGUCGGACGUGGAUGCUUUGGUACGUCAACUGCGCCAAGCCGCGGCAGUCGUCGCACAGGGCGAUACCAUUUUCGCCAAGUCGUACGGUGCUCUGAAGCCGUCGCAGCUGCUACCCAAAGAUGUCCAACCGGAAGAGAAAACACCGUCCAUUUGGUCUGGUUUCUACAACAAGACUCUCCGAGAGCGCAUGGAUGUCCUCUCGCUCAUGUAUCCUUCGGCUGUGCCACGUCGAUCGAGCGAUGCCGGCGACGGACAACAAGUGUCGCCUCUGCGAGCGCCUCGCAAGUCGAGUCUUGGCCAAAUACCGAGCUUGAGCUUGAGCGCGGACGAGAUCGGCCACUUGCCUUCUCGUACGGCCAAUCUCAUGAUCGAGAACUGCAUUGGCGUGCUCGGCAUUCCGUUGGGGUACGUCUUCGUACUGAUGUCGUGCAGCAACCAACUCUUCCUGUAGACUUGGUCUCAACUUCGUCAUCGACGGCACUUCAUACUCCGUACCCAUGGCGGUCGAGGAGCCGUCCGUGGUUGCCGCCGCCUCGAGCGCCGCGAAGCUCGUCGCUACCCAUGGCGGCUUCCACACAGCCACUUCCGGGAACGUCAUGACGUCGCAGAUUCAACUGCUGGACACCAAAGACAUUCCCGCGGCCAUUCAAGCCAUCGUCGCGCACCGAGAAGCGUUGAUCGAGUACGCCAACACGCACUUGUGCGGCAACAUGGCGCGGCGCGGCGGUGGCGUCGUCCACAUCUACCCCCGCCUCGUGACAGACUCGUCGUCUUUGGACAACAACGACUGGUACGCGGCUGCAUCCGAUGAGCUCCGCGUUAUCCCGUCUGGCUCGUCCCCGUUUAUCGUUGUGCACAUUGACGUGGACGUUUGCGAAGCCAUGGGCGCCAACAUCGUCAACACCAUCGCCGAGGGGUUGUCCGCCCAGGUGGCGGCGCUCACGGACAGCCGAGCAGGCCUGCGGAUUCUGACCAACCUCUGCACGGCCCGUCGCGCCCGCGCUUCGUUCUCGAUCCCCGUCGCUGCCAUGGGCUGGAAAGGAACGGAAGGCAGCGUUGUGGCCCAACGCAUCUUGGAGGCCAAUGACUUUGCCAUUCGCGACCCGUAUCGCGCCGUGACGAACAACAAGGGUAUUUUGAACGGCAUUGACGCUGCCGCCGUGGCCACGGGCCAAGAUUGGCGUGCCAUCGAAGCGUCGGCCCAUUGCUUUGCCAGUCGAAGUGGUCGUUACACCAGUCUGUCCCAGUACCGCAUUGAAAACGACCACCUUCACGGCAUUCUGGAACUGCCGCUGUCGGUCGGUUCCAAGGGCGGGGCCCUGCAAACCCAUCCCGGAUAUGCCGCCACGCACGCCAUCCUCGGCCGCCCCACCGCCCAGCAGCUCAGCGGUAUCCUCGUCAGCGUCGGACUCGCGCAGAACUUUGCCGCCAUCCGUGCGCUGGCCAUCACCGGGAUCAACCAAGGCCACAUGGCGUUACAUGCCCGCAACAUUGCCGUGGCCGCCGGCGCCCCCAACGAAUUGGUCACCGAGCUAUGUGCGUACAUGCUGGCUCGAGGAAGCAUCAAUGUGGAGACGGCGAAGGUGUACUUGAAGGCGCACGCUGUGUAUCUUGACAUCAUCCAGUCCGAAGUCCAAGAGCUCGAGAAAAAGCGGCAGCCGAGCAUGUUUUACGUGGAAAUCAACGUGCCUGGGCUGGCUAAACCCGUGAGUGUGAACCUGGCGUUCCUAUCAGUCCGAGGCGACAUCCCCCAGACGAUUGUCAUCUCCAAGCUCAAGUCCAUCGCGACGCAGCCCACGUCCAUGCACGCGCAGCUGCUCGGGGACAAGGGGUACAUUCAACUGGAGCGUAUGUUUAUGUUCUUGGCAACCAUGCGCGUGGUCGUGGGCUCGGAAACGAACGACCGGACCAACUUGGAGUUGCAGAACAAGUUGCUGCUGCUGUCGAUCCUGAUCAACUUGGUCGCGUACCAGCUGAUGAAGAAGGACAAGGCGACUUGUCAAGCGUUUGUCAACAAGUUGGUCGAGCACGGGAUGGAUGUAUCUAAUUCGUCUGUGGGGAAUGUCCAUUGGACCGAAGCGUUGUUUGCGACGCAAGUCGACCCUGUGCUGAGCACGGGGCUGCCGCUGCUCUUGGCGCUGUGGCAAGUGUUCCACUAUCACGUCGACCAAGAAGUGUCGAAUCCAGUGCUGCAGCAAGCGUUGGCGUGCGAACAAGCCGCGCUGCUCGAUUCCAUUGCCAACUGGACAUCCCCGCAGCCCAACCCUUCCACCGAUGCAUCCGUGUGCUUUGUCGAGUACAUGGAGACUCACGCCAAGCGAUGGCAAGCCACCAUGUUCUUGCUCGUCGACUGCUUGGCGCUUGACAACCAAAGCCUCACCCCUGCGCGGCUCGGGUUUGUCAAGCAAGUUGGCCGCUACAUCGAGUACCAAGGCACGGUGGCCCACGACUUGGCCCGCUUCGAACGCGCGCUUGUCGACCCCGACGAACGCAAUGUGUGCGUAUGGUUCAAGACCCACGUCUACCCCGACAGCUCAUUGGAGGAAGCAUCGGUGGCCUUCACCAAGCUGAGCCGCGCUAACGCUACGGCGCAAUGGACGGCGCUCCAAGAGCUUUCCCACCGACACGAAGGUGAUGUCGUGCACCUGGAAGCGCUACAAGACGUGGUUAAGACGAUCGUGCUGCAUUAUGGAGACGACGCCAGCAAAGCGCGCAAGAUGUCGUUUUAGAUCAAGGCGAAGAUUCGAGCACGACGUGGGCGAUGGUGUAGUCACCGUCAUGACUCAACGACACGUGCGUGGCCUAGAAGACGCGUACAUAAACAUAGAGAAGUAAUAAGACAUGCGCAUGUAUGUUCCUUACCGU